AGAUAAUUCAUCAAUAAGCCAUGCCAAACUACAAACCCCUUAUCCAACACUGCCGCGCCCUUUUAUCACUUCACCACGACUUUGCUCGAAAAUCCUUCGGGACUGGUCUAGCUGGAAUACAUGAUGUAGGAUCGACCAAAACCGAUGUGCAAACUGAUGACGACGGGAUUGGAUUGGACUUUAAAAACCCAGUUGUGAGAACUGAGGAAGAGAUUUUGGAUGAUUACUGUAAAGAGCAUCAGGUCACAGAUGACGCUGAGCGAACGUUUCUGGAGGAAGUUUUCAAUGGGUGCGUGAGACAGCGGAAGGCAUUAGAGGUAGCACUUUUUUUGUUUUAUACAACAACGGGAGGACGGUACCUUCGAAAUGAGUACAAUCUCUUUGCAGCACUGUUUUACCUGGCACUCUUUCGCUUGGAAGAUCUAAGUUUCCCGAAGCUCCGCGCCAUUCUAUUGUCAUAUGAUCCCGCAAAGAUGGCACGAUUUGUGGGGUUCCUAUUUGAUGAUGCUAUGCUGCAGGGAAAGCUACGGGAAGGAUGGGCGGAGAUUUUGGAUGCAGAGUGGGUAAAGGAGCGGAUGAUUGAUCCUCUUUUGAGGAACAUGGAGAAUGGCAUAAGCCUUGCUGGAGAGCUGUGCGACAAGGCGGAAAAGGGAAUGGUUCCGAAGAAGGGAACAAAAGCUCCUACAGAACCGGAACCGUUUCUACUCACACGACCAAGGCCGAGAGCAUUACCUGAACCAACUGAAAUAGUGUCCAAUGUGAUGAAGGCUCGUCCUGUUCCGAGAUCAGUCUAUCAGGGAAGCGGCGAGCGCGAAGCGCUGGAAAAGAUUAAAGCUGAAAAGCGGGAGCAGUUACGACAAAUCUAUCUUAAAGCUUCUCAGACCCAAUUCAGUGUCGCAAUCCGCAAACCGUUGUCCAAAACCGGAACUCUUCGGGAAGAACAAAACUCUCCACCCCCGCGCACCCACCUGCACAGACCAGUACCCGCGAAUUUGCGCAGCCACGUUCCCGUCAAGCUCACCGCUGCUGCUAUCUUGCGUGAAGAUGCCUUAGUGAGACGGCAAAAACAGGAAGAAGAAGCUUGGCUAAAUGAAGUGGAGAUGGGAUUGAGAGAUGGUGGGGACUUUAAAGAGUGGAGAGAGGACGCGAGAGCUAAAGAACAAGAAGAACGUCGAAUCGAACUGGAACGACGACACCUGGAAAUACAGCUCAUUCAUGAAGAAGCCUAUGAGGCAAAGCAAGAACUUCUCAAAGAAAACCGGGAACGUGCAGCCGAGAUUCUGGCAGAACGAGAAUCUCUCCGCAUGCAGGCUGAAGCUACCCGAAAACAACAGGAAUUGCUCAAUAAGAAAAUAGUAGAAGAAGUGCAGGAGAUCCAGGAAUGUGUACAGAAGGCGAAACAAAAAGUUGUUGAGAAUAACUCGCGGAAGGCGGCGGAGAUUAUCCAGCAAAAAGUGGCCUUAAAAGAACAAGCAGAGAGAGAUGCAGAAGAGGAACGAGCACGUAAAGCUGAACUCAUUGCACAGAUUCGACUGUUGGAGCGGUGCGUGCCGCCUGUGGGAUCCAUUGUGAAAAGUGUUGAUCCCACCGAAACGUCCGGAUUGGGAUUGCUAGGUGAAAUGUCACUGGUGGAGCUCCAAGAACGUCUGGUGCUUGCUAAGCACCAUCACCAGGAACAAGAGACUCAUCGGCGGCAAGAAAUCCGGACACAAAAGCAGACCCGACUAGAUCUCAUCACUCAAAAGCUCGCUGAAAUUGAUCGCGAACGCGAAGAGCGCCGGCGAAGGCGGAAGCAGCGCGAGAGAGAAGGAGUAUCACGCUCUACAUCUGCGUUAAGCACUUCUUCUGAGGAUACAAGAGACCGCGAGACAGACCCGGUUCUUCUUCAACUGCGUAAAAAGCUCUCAGCCAAACGAGCAGCCAGACUGGGCGCAUCUCAGAAGCGUCCUUCACAGACCCUCACGACCCCAUCUACGUCACGUCCGUCACUGGGAUCUACCACCCCUUCAUCAUUAGAUUGGCAGGAACUGGAUGAUGCUGAGCGAGAAUAUGAGCGCAAACGGCGGGUGCUUGAUCAACCACGGAUAAGAAUUUUGAAAGAGAUGGAAGGGGAGAUGGAUACUUUGAGUGAGGGAAUAGACGAGGACAAUGCGAAUACUGAGUCGGGCUGGGGAAUUGAGCCGGUUGCCGUGGUCGUUUGAGGUUUUUUAUAAAUAAUAAUAUCGGUCGAAAGGUC